UUCAUUCAGUACUGAGAUAGAAGAGUAAAGAUGGCGAAAUAUGCUUUCGGAAAUCUCUUGAUCAUCCUCCUCCACAUUGGUACUUUGCUUUCUUCUCUUGCUUGCCCUUACUGUCCUUACCCAACUCCACCACCUAAGCCACCCAAAUAUCCUCCCAAAUUUCCACCCAAACAUCCCCCAAAGGUAAAGCCACCUCCUCACCAUAAACCACCAAAACCACCCAAGCCUCCUGUUCACAAACCACCCUAUAUACCCAAGCCUCCUGUCCACAAACCACCGCACGUACCCAAGCCACCCAUUGUGAAACCACCAACCACGCCCAAACCGCCACAUGUGCCUAAACCACCUAUCACACCCAAGCCUCCAAUUGUUCACCCACCCUAUGUGCCAAAACCUCCUGUAGUAAAGCCGCCACCUUUGGUACCCAAACCUCCUGUUGUAAAGCCACCAUAUUAUCCAAAACCGCCUAUCGUUUACCCACCGAAACCACCAACUUUACCACCAAAACCGCCACCAUAUUAUCCAAAACCGCCUAUCGUUUACCCACCGAAACCACCAACUUUACCACCAAAGCCUCCGGUGACCCCAUCACCACCAACUUUACCACCAAAGCCUCCGGUGACCCCAACACCACCAACUUUGCCACCAAAGCCUCCGGUGGUCCCGACGCCACCAACUUUACCACCUAAACCUCCGGUGGUCCCAACACCACCAACUUUACCACCAAAGCCUCCGGUAACUCCAACGCCACCCUACUAUCCAAGUCCACCUGUAACCCCAGCACCACCAAAGCCUCCAGUGACCCCACCUGUAAAACCACCAUCACCACCAACUGAAACGCCAUGCCCUCCUCCUCCACCACCUCCAGUGCCAUGCCCACCACCACCGCCAAAGCAAGAGACUUGCCCCAUUGACACUCUCAAGCUAGGAGCAUGUGUCGACGUCCUAGGUGGUCUAGUACACAUUGGUGUCGGCAGUAGUGCUAAGGACGCUUGCUGUCCAGUGCUUCAAGGGCUUGUGGACUUGGAUGCUGCUUUGUGUCUUUGCACCACCAUUAAAGCUAAGCUUCUCAACAUCAAUAUCAUCAUACCCAUUGCACUUGAGGUCCUCGUUGAUUGUGGGAAAACUCCACCGCCGGGGUUCAAAUGUUCUGCCUAAGAUACUCAUAGGGUCUCUCGUGAGGUUUCUGCUAUAUGUUGGCUUUGAUUUUGAUAAUUUGCAGAAGUUUCCCAUUAAUUUUAUGAGAAACUGAUCAAGCAGCACCUGGAUGAUGAUAGUGUACUGUUUGAUGCAAGGUUCUAGUAAAUUUUAGUCAAGAAAGAAUAACUUUGGAAUGUCCUAAUUUCUCCAUCGCUAUCUAGUAAAGGAUGUCCACAUUUAAGGACCUGUUAUUAAUGUGUGUCUGUACUAAAGGAUGUAUGUUUAAUUGUAUUGAUUAAUCAAUACUUUUCUUCUAA